GUGAUGCGGCGGCACGCGACGACCCCGAUCCUGGGAAAUCGUCUCCUCUAGCGCUCACGGUAGACGCCUGUAAUGUUCCGGGAGAAGGAGGUGGCCACGGCGCAGCUCCGAUUUCCGCAAUGAAGUGCAACAAAAACGGCGAGUGCAGGAGAGGCUCAGGCACGGGCAGUUUGCGCUCCAUUAUGUCCAAGCAGGACAAGCAGGAUGCGAAUAAACGCGCCACGAGCUCCUCAACUUCAGGCACGGACACGCCCGCUGCUCCCGCGGGCCCUGGAGACUCCUCCAGUCCCGCCGCCGUCCCGGACAAAAAGGACUCCAGGGUGUCGUUUUCCAAUGCACCGAGUCGGAAAACCUCCGCUUCCAUGCAGAGCCAGCAGCCCAGGAACUCCGUGACGUUCCUCAAAUCCGAGGACGGAGCACAGAUCGCAUCCGAGGAUGCUGAGACGCGCGGGAGCCAAGCGAGCUUCAUGCAGAGGCAGUUCAGCAGCAUGCUGCAGCCGGGGGUUAACAAAUUCUCUCUACGAAUGUACGGCAGCCAGAAAGGGGUGGAGAGAGAGCAGGAGCGCGUCAAGUCAGCUGGAAAGUGGAUCAUUCACCCUUACAGCGACUUCAGGUUCUACUGGGACUUUACAAUGCUUCUCUUCAUGGUGGGCAACCUGAUCAUCAUUCCAGUAGGCAUCACGUUCUUCAAGGAGGAGACCACCACGCCUUGGAUCAUCUUCAACGUUGUCUCCGACACGUUCUUCCUAAUGGACUUGGUGCUCAACUUCCGCACGGGCAUCAUCAUCGAAGACAACUCCGACAUCAUCCUGGAUCCCAAGACCAUAAAGAAAAAGUACCUGAAGACAUGGUUUGUGGUGGACUUUGUCUCGUCCAUCCCCGUGGAUUACAUCUUUCUCAUUGUGGAGAAGGGAAUAGACUCGGAGAUGUACAAGACAGCGCGGGCCCUGCGCAUCGUGCGCUUCACGAAGAUCCUCAGUUUGCUGAGGCUGCUGAGACUCUCCCGGCUCAUCCGCUACAUACACCAAUGGGAGGAGAUUUUCCACAUGACCUAUGACCUGGCGAGUGCCGUGAUGCGCAUCAUCAACCUGAUUGCUAUGAUGCUACUGCUCUGCCACUGGGAUGGAUGUCUUCAGUUCCUCGUGCCCAUGCUGCAGGACUUCCCCUCCGACUGCUGGGUCUCGCUCAACAAAAUGGUGAAUGAUACAUGGAGUGAGCUGUACUCCUUUGCUGUGUUUAAGGCGAUGAGUCACAUGCUGUGUAUAGGUUACGGCCGCCAGGCUCCAGAGAGUUUGUCUGAUAUAUGGCUGACCAUGCUCAGCAUGAUCGUAGGAGCCACCUGCUACGCCGUCUUCAUCGGCCACGCCACCGCUCUCAUCCAGUCACUGGACUCCUCUCGUCGACAAUACCAGGAAAAGUACAAGCAAGUGGAGCAGUACAUGUCCUUCCACAAACUUCCAGCAGAUUUCCGGCAAAAAAUCCAUGACUACUACGAGCACCGCUACCAGGGCAAGAUGUUCGAUGAGGAGAGCAUCCUGGAGGAGCUGAAUGAACCGCUCAGAGAGGAAAUUGUGAACUUCAACUGCCGUAAGCUGGUGGCCUCGAUGCCUCUGUUUGCCAAUGCUGAGCCCAACUUUGUCACGGCCAUGCUAACUAAGCUCCGCUUUGAGGUCUUCCAGCCCCGGGAUUACAUCAUCCGCGAAGGCACCAUUGGCAAAAAGAUGUACUUCAUCCAACACGGCGUGGUCAAUGUCCUCACCAAAGGAACUCUGGGAAUGAAGCUGUCCGAUGGCUCCUAUUUUGGAGAAAUCUGUUUGCUAACACGAGGGCGCCGGACAGCGAGUGUUCAGGCGGAGACAUACUGCCGUCUUUACUCACUCUCCGUGGACAACUUCAAUGAGGUUCUGGAGGAGUACCCUAUGAUGAGAAGAGCUUUCGAGACUGUAGCCAUUGACAGACUCGAUCGUCUAGGUAAGAAGAACUCCAUCUUGAUGCACAAAGUGCAGCAUGACCUCAACUCCGGUGCCUUCAACAACAGAGAGAAUGAAAUGAUCCAGGAGAUUGUGAAGUACGACCGAGAGAUGGUCAAACUGGUGGACUUUCAGCGUCCACGUGCCAUGUCUAUGACGGCCGCAGUCCCUGGUGGCAUAUUUGCCCCACCGGGCCAGUCACAGGGCACCUCAGCCAUCGCCACCCUACAGCAGGCUGUAGCCAUGAGCUUCUGCCCACAGAUGGUGAAUCCUCUGGUGGGCACAGGCACUCUUCAAUCUCCCCGCAUGGUCCGGCGCUUCCAGGUAAUCCAGAACAUUUCCAGCCCUGCAUCUGUCUCUCCCAUGCAGCCACAGCCACCAGGGCCAAUGCCAGGGGGUGCGUGUGCUUCUGCUGCCACAUCCAGUCCACCUGUGCAGAGCCCCUUGGCACCAACGUGCUCAAGGACAUUCCAGUAUGGCUGCAGCCCCAUGGGUGGGCGUACAGGAUCUCAGCUGUCUCUUGUCCAACAGCAUGUGCCCAGUCCAACGCGCAAGGGUGCCCACUCCCUGCAGCAUGCAGAGAGCCUGAGUCAAGAUGCCCGUUCAUUGUCUACUUCCCAGCCUUCUUUGCCCCAGGAUGGAGUGACAGGUGUGGGUACCAGCCCACCACCCUCAGCCCACGUCUCCUCCACGUCCAUUGGGCCACAGCAUGCCCCUCACCCUGCAAUACCUGGGCCCUCUGGAAUCAGAAGCUCUGUACCUCAUAGAAUUGUACAGCCUCACCAGAUAUCACCCUCCACACCGCCCCCUGUUGGCGGAGCAGGGCCAAGCUAUCUCGAGCCAAUAGUGCACAAGAAAGAUUCUAUAGUUAGCCUUCCUGAGACGGACUCCACUAUCAGAUCCAGGCUGUCCUCGAACCUCUGACCAAACUCUGGUGUAUGCUGACAUGGUGGCACUAUUGUGUAUCCUGAGGUUUUCUGUAUCCAAAGGAAGCAGAAUGUGUAUUGUGUAGGGGGAGCAAUCAGAUCAGUCUGUCACUAAUAGGUGCACCACUGUAAGUAGGUUGAAGAAGUGGGAUUUUCCUAGCUGGCCCACUCAUGUAGUUACUCCCUUCUUGUUCAGCUACCAAUUUGCCCUUUGCUGUCUUUGUUAUGAAGAAGUACAUGGAAAGAGAAAAUUUCUGUUGUAUUCUGUAGAGUCCAUACAAUGCAAUCUGGCCUGAGCUGGGACGUAAAGAAAAUCAGGGACUUGUAUCACAUGACAAUGAUAAAAUUUUAAGCUUUGCAAAGUGUUUUUGAGUGUCAUUUGUUCUGUAUAAUUGUAGCAAAAAUAACUAGCUGUUCUUCAUAUUCUUGUAAAAUAUCAAUGAAAAUAGUGUUACAGACCGCUGGUCGAUCUUAUAUUGAUAUGUAAAUAUGAUACAUUUUAAAAAAAUGAAAGAAAAUAUCUUCAUUGUAUCAACUUAAAAACCAAAGUUGAGCUUGGUUGAGUUUGGUCAUGUCCGUGUCAAAUGAGAAAAACAAUUCAAAAGAUAUGCCAUUUAUUUAACUGCCUUUAUUCCAAGUUUAGAAGCCAUAUACAGUCCAUGGUAAUUGUGAGUCUAUGUGGGAGUGAAGGGGGGUGGGGGGGUAGAGGGGUAGAGCAUAAUUCCGUCAUUUAUUUAUUGACCUGUUUUCUCAAGAGAGUGUUUAUUUUGCUGGGCAUUUUGACAGAUGUGUUUGUAAUGGUAAAGGCAAUACCCCAGAGCGUCUAGCUUGCACUGAGAGUUCUUAUUGAUGAACAUCACUGACUCUCUAUUGGGAGAUACCAAAACAGGAGUGACUAGGAAUGGAUAACCAAAAGAAUCUAUAUCUGAACUGUGAGGCAAAAUGCAAUAUGAUACUGAUUUUGCAAUACCCUGCAAUUUAGUUUUGCUGUGUGAAUGCUUUAUUUGGGUGUAUUUAAAAGAUAUUUUAUGGCUGUAGGUAAUGGAGGGUAAUAAAGUGAAAUGAGCAAGGAAAUGUUUAUGUAAAACGUAUUUAGAAUUUAGCUUAUAUCAUAAAUAUUAAAUUCCGGAAUUAUAGUUUUCUUUGCAUGGUACAAUUCAGAAUUGACAUUACCCAGAAAAGCUGUUUUAAGCCGAUACUAGUAGUUGAAUUUGUGGUAAUAAAGUGCUACAAUAAUUCAGUGAAAUAUAGAUUGAACCAGUUGAACAUGGUUCCGUUUUACAUUUUAAACCAGCAUGACUUACCUGAAAAAUUCAAAUAAUUUUAUCUUGUGAGAAAAAAACUGCAGCAAUUUACUAUAUUAACUUGAAAAAAGCAUUAUUUGUUCAACUUAACUAGUAUUGGCAAUAUUCUGCACUUUACCAAAACCUUCCAAGAAAUUAUUAACGGAGAUGCUGAUGUGUGAGCAUUUUUAAAGGGAUCGUUAAACGAAUCGAACAAAUCUUUUGCUUGGUCAUUGGUCAAAACAAGAUGAUCAUCUUGAUUGAAAAAUAUAUUAGCUAAACUGUUCGUAGUUAUUAGUUAAGCGCUGCAUUUUCUUCACUUGGAUUGUAAAUAUGACCUUGUACAUCAGCUGUAAAUGAGUCUGAUUAGUAAAGUGAGUUUACUUAAUACUGACAAAAAAGAAAGCUGAACUCAGAUGGCCAAUGGUGCGUAUUUGUUCUUGAAUGUAUGCCGACUGGCGUUUACUGCCAUGUAAAUAGAAUCAUAUCGACUAAUGCAAAAUGGAAAACGUGCGCAUUUGCUGAGUGUUUAUUGUGAUGGUCAAUUGUUAAUUAAGCUAAUUAGCUCAUUAAUACUUCAUUACAAAGGAACCGUUUGUGUUACUUCUGCCAUU